CACACACACACCCAUGACACUUAUACAGACAACAUGCUACGGAUGAAGACCGAGCCUGGGUAUGAAGAAAAAACAAGAAUUAUGUUUAUUGCCUGUUUUAGUUGCGGCCUGUUUAGUGUCCAUAAUGGGUGGUUCACCUCUCCCUAGCCCUAUUCUGAUUGGUCCAGACAAGGCCUACCUGAACUCCAAGGUGGUGUUCCAAUGUAGGUCACCUGGGUCUCCUCCACCAAACACAUACGAGCUCCUGAAGGACGGCAACCACCUGGUCGCCACGAGCAACGACCUCCAAGACGACCAAUCGGCUAUGUUCUUCCUGAAGAUCUCUGUGACGUCAGAAGGAUCGUACCACUGCAGGGUGACGGCAGGUGGAAACAUGGGCCUCAGUGGAACAGUCCGCCUGCAAGUAGUGAUCCCUGUCUCAGGCACUAUGGUGACUUCUGACCCUGAUCCUCCCAUUCUCUACGAGGGGUUGCGGCUCACUCUCACCUGUGAUGUCACCAAGGGCUCCCACCUCUCCUACACCUGGUUCUACAACAGACAGGAAGUGACAUCAUCUCCAACCUCACCUUUGACCCCGCUUCUGCUCUGGCCGGUGGGGAACACGCUGGUAGUGGAGAGGGUCACAACAAAGCAUGCUGGGAAUUAUUCGUGCAUUGCCGGGACCAGGAUGCAGACCAACAGCAGGUUCUCCAGCAGCAGAGAGAUCACGGUCAGGAUCAAAGUCUAUCUCUCCGUACCCCAAAUAUCUUUCACCAUCUCCAAAGAGGGUUCGAGUUACCACGGCAAUGUGACCUGCAGGUCGUCAAGGGGAACCCCUCCCGUGACCUUCUACCUCUUCCUUGACGACAAGGAGGUGGGUUCCGACGUGGCAACGGAGUCGCUGGUUGCCUGGUUCCCCGUUGCCAUAGUUCCCGGGCGUGACAUGGGCGCGGUGCGGUGUGCAGUGGAGAGUGAUGCACAGAGACUGACCAGCAGACCCCUGACUCUGGUAGUGGUCCCAGUAGGAGGCGCACCAAAGGUGGAUGUGGAGUACCUUUACAGGGUUGAUUCCAAGAUGGCCUCCGCUCGUCUCCAAUGCCUCCUGAGCCUUGGGACCUUCCCUUUCUUCUCCUGGUCCCUCAACGGCUCCCUCCUCCUUCACCCCUCUGAGGGAGACUCCUCUCACCCAUCUCACGCCCUGGCGGACGGAGGGCGCACCCUAUUCCUCACCGAGAUCACCCUAGAGGACUCUGGGUAUUAUCGGUGCAGGGCAAGGGACAGUUAUGACGUAACGUCCGCCUGGGUGGAAAGCCAACCUGUCCUUGUGCAGGUCACAGAAGUUGCCACGACAACCAUAGAGGUCAUGGCCAUAGUGUUCUGCUGUUUCCUCAUGCUGACCCUGGCAGGGGGUGUGGCCUGUGUGAUGAGGAUGCUCAACCGCCAACGAGACGUUGUUGCAAGCAGCGAGCAGAGAGCGAGAGCGAGAGCGGCGAAUGAAAGACGAUUCAGUGAACAUUUCUGCAUCAUCCCAGAUCCACUUUCUCUGUCUGACAUCACUACCAGGUCAGGGGUCAAGCAAGUGGACACUUCCUGUGUUGACAGUGAUGUUGAGAAUCAGACCCUUGAGAUCACAAUAUAACCGACGUGAUGAAAUAAAACCCAACUUUAGACCGACGAGUUCCUCACAAAAGAAUCCUUCAAUGUAAUUUUAUCCAACAAACUAUUAUAACAUUUUUUUUCAA